AUGGUGCUGAAUAUCAUUCUAUAUGCCCUGCUAGGCACGUCUUUCGUCUUCGCGAUCGUGGAGCUGGGUCUCUCGGCCUUUGUUGUUUCAGCCGUAGAGCACACCGAAUAUGAUACCUGGGGCGGUUAUGUCAAAGUGAAGGCCCCAGCCAUCGUCGGCUUCAUGGUCUUCGCCUCGCUUUGGACCAUGCUCAUCGCCGUGGCGGCUCUUGUAUUGCCUUGGUACUACACUCGCAAGGGCUCGGUCACCCCAAAGCUCAAUACGGUGCUGGCUGCAUCCUUUGUGGCCGGUUACUUUGUGACAAUGGUGUUUUGGCUCGCAGCAUUCGCCGACCUUGCUACCUAUCUGGACUACGUAUCAAACGAAUAUUAUAAUGCCAUGAUUGCCUUUGCUGUGCUUCUCUGGUUCGUCUCCCGAGUCCUAGUAUACGUGACCAUGCUGAUAUAUAGCCCCAUACAUAGGAUCCUCUUCAUUGCUCUUCUUGUUUUCACAAUUCUGGCUAUGUGUGGUGUCAUGAACUCUGAGUGGGCUGGCUAUCGACCAGUGAGGAACAAGGCAAACGCACCUGUUGAACCUGCCCAUGAUCUCCCAAUGAGUACGUACCCCGUGACUUCUCUUCAUGCCGUGAUGCUCAAGUCUAACAUAACCAGCCGAACAACCGAUCGCUUAAUCUAUUAUUGCCUUUCCACGCUUCCAGUCUUGAGUCGAACGGCGAAAUUGACAUAUGUCAUCAGCCUCUCCAGGCCCUGGAGGUUCCCAGUCCAGCUUCAGCGUCAAGUCUGA